AUGCAAUCUGAGAUGAGCGACCUGAAAAGGCGCAUGACAACACUCGAAAAAGCCUCUAGAAGCCGUAAUUUUGAGAUUCAAAUGCUUCCUGAAAGACAGAACGAGAACCUCACUGUGGUCAUUAAGAAACUGUUCGAUGAAUUGAAGGCCCAAAUAGCUGAUAAUGACAUAUGCGCUGUACGCAGAGUGGCUAAAGUGGACACCACAUCUAAGCGACCGCGUAAUGUACUCGUUACGCUGACAUCGGAACGCCAUCGUGACUACCUACUGUCAGCCUAUAAGAGAUAUAAUAAGGCCCACAAAACCGAGCCUUUAAGCUCAAUACAACUUGACAUCCCUGGUGAACGGCGCGUUAUCUACCUAUCGGAACAUCUGGCCCCUGAGUGCAAAAGCCUGCAUGCAGCGGCGAGGAAGCUGGCAAAGGAGCGUGAAUACAAAUUUGUUUGGGUCAAGUACGGACGUGUAUACAUCCGUAAGAAUGAGUCUUCGCCAGCUAUAGUCAUCAAGGAUACAUCAAGUCUAGACAAAAUAGUAUAA